GUAUAGAAGUAAGUCGACAGGAGGCGCCCAUAAUUGAGAUUGACCCCGGAAGAGGUUACCGGCCUGAAGGCCACCUACAGCCUACAGGCAUGUAAACGUCGGCUCGUAGGUGUCAGCAGAAACCCUGGUAUUCAUGGAGAAGGUAUCCUGUUAAAACUGUAGAAACGCCAAUAACCCCUGACCCCAUGUCGACAGCGCAGGUUGUACGGAGGGUGGCCGUGUUUGGCGGUACCCACGGUAACGAGAUGUCGGGCGUGUACCUGGUGAAGCGAUGGUUACAGAACCAGGAGGCCAUCACCAGGCCCAGUUUUCUCACGGUCCCGUGUAUCGCUAACCCUCGCGCCGUGGAGCGCUGUAGACGCUACAUCGACGUGAAUCUCAACAGACAGUUCACGCCGGGAACAUUUCAGUACUGCAUGGAUGUCCCGAGCACCGCGCCCUACGAGGUCCAUCGUGCCGUGGAGUUGAACAAGAAGUUUGGCGCGGCGGGGGAGGCGUUCGAUGUCAUCAUCGACCUUCACAACACGACCUCCAACAUGGGCAACUGUCUAAUCAUCGGCUCGUCUACUGACAGCUUCACCCUGCAGAUGGUGCGGUACCUGGUGCAGCGGUCGGGGCUCGUCUGUCCCGUGUUUCUCACCGAGAACCCUGCAUCUCAUGUCAAAAUGGCAGAUACGCGUAGCAUGGGUGUCCAUGGAAUAGAAAAUGGACAUUAUGGGCCGAGUUGUCUCCGAUCGGUAUCAAGACAUGGAUUGUGUUUAGAACUAGGCGCCCAGCCGCAGGGCGUACUGUUGGCGGACAUCUUCCUCCGACACGAGCGCCUCGUGCACACCUGUCUCGACUUCAUCCACAAGUUCAACCAAGGAGAGCUUUUCCCAAAAGAAACACUGGAGGUGUAUCGGAUCCUACAUGUAGUGGACUAUCCUCGCAACAAGGACAAUGACUUAUCGGCAAUGAUCCACCCAGAACUACAGGACAAAGACUGGCACCCCCUGCAGCCAGGUGACCCCAUGUUCCUGACCUUGGAUGGAGAAACCAUCAAGUAUGAAGGUGACUCCACCAUCUACCCAGCAUUCAUCAACGAGGCAGCGUACUACGAGAAAGGCAUUGCAUUCUGGGCGACACAAAAAGAGACAUUGAAUGUCAACGAGUUGCAAGUUAAGAAUUAAUCAAAGCUGAAGGGAUCUUUUAUUUUCCUUAUAGCUGCUAAAUUGAGAGGGUUAUGUCAGAAUUUAUAAUUGUCCUCAGAACAUGUUGAUUUUGAACAAGCAUCUAGAAAAAUAGGUUUUAUUUCAUUAUAGUUGCUAUAAUGGUUUGAAAACAGAAACUACUUUUAUUAUCUGCAGUGUUGAAUUGCAAACAGACUACCAAGGACGUUGUACACCAUGUAUACCGGCAAUUAUUAAAAGGGGUGUUAUUUUUCAAUGGAUUUUUUAAAAAUAACUGAAGGAAGAAUGCAUACUUCUCCACAAUAUAAGAUGAAGUACUCAUUAGGCCUGCAGACUUAGAAAGCAUUCAGCAUUCUUCAAAACUCCUUAGAUACCAUUUGCUGCUGCUAUUGCUGAAAACAAUAUGUCUGACAAAGCCUGACAAAAGUUAGGUUAUAGAAAUAAUGUCAGUGUUGAUAUCAACAAAUGACAUUCUUAGUGUGCUUAUCGCACAUCCACCCCUUACUCUCAUUUAUGCUAUUUUUGCCAAAGGAAUGGUGUUUAUGUAUGUAAAUAUUGGAUGUUGCCUGCAUGAGUAUGACACUUUUUUUUAACAAGAUUGUUCAAAGCAAGGUCACGAAACCACUUAA